AUGACUCCUGUGGAGAUUGAUUUUGCUGCCCGUACUCUUGAAAGCAUUUUCACCUCCACAAUUGAGGACCAUGUUCCGAAGAAAUUCCUCGUGAUUGCUUUUGCUCUUUUGGCUUGUGCCUAUGCUGACGUUUCUGAGUUGGGCUACAACUACCCUCAACCAGCUCCUGCUCCAGCGCCAGUACCACAGCCUGCUCCUCAACCUCAACGUUCUUAUGUACCACCACCACAACCUGCUCCAAUUGCACCAGCACCAGCACCGGUACAUCACGAAGAAUUAUCUUUACCAAUUGCUCCAGCACCACAACCAGCUCCUGCACCAGUCAACACAUAUAUUCCACCUCCAGCACCAGCACCAGUUGCUCCAGCACCAGCUCCAGUACAUCAUGAACAAUUGUCCCUUCCCAUUGCUCCUGCACCUGUUGCUCCAGUAAAUACAUACAUACCACCAGCACCUGCACCAGCUCCUGUUGAAAUUGAACAACCAGCUGAAGAUGGUUACCGUUACAGAACUGUACGCCGUCGCGUCUUCAGACACCGUGCUUAA